AAAAAUGUGGGUCAGCGACAAUUGGUGCAAUUUCUGUUGAGAAAUAUGUAAAAUAGUAUUUCUUUCUUCUCACUCAGUUAGUUUCUCCUCCCAAGGUCUUGAAAGCCUUCUGUUGUUCUAACAGAAAGGGAGAAAGCCUUAAGACAGGAGGAGUAAUUUUCUAUAAUGCAGUGUCGAAGAAGUGCCAGACAUUUAGACUAGUGGUGUAGAGGUGAUAAAGAGGAUGAAAAAUUUUCUUACUAGCUCUCCAAGACAAAGAUUUUCUUUUUGAUAUUAAACUCAGGCUUGAAUAAUCUCCUCCAUUUUUACCCCAUCUGAGAUCCGCUGCAGGGUUUAUCUUUGCUCAUCAGCCUCCUGAGGAGAGCCAAUGAACGGAAGGCAGAGCUGCUUAGUAUGUUUCCUCAGCGUUCGCCUAGGCACUCAGCACAGGAAGCCUAGUGCUCAGAAAAGUCAGAAGGAGGAACCUCUCCAGCAUUGAGGAGUCAGGCGGCCAGGAGAGGAGCUGGGAGAGGGAAGAGAAAACACCAGCACUGGCUGCUGAGGAUGUAUGUGCAGUCAAGAAACACUCCCCAUGACCACAGCUAGACUGGCAGCAAGAGCAAUGGAGUGACGGAGCUGCCUGAGCCAUGAAAGCAGGAGCUGAUAUGGAGAUUGCUGGAAAGGCUGUGUGUGUCUUCGUGCUGCUCACUAUCAUCAAGCUCAGAAGAACAGAGGGAAUUCACAGACUGUCAGCAGAUCUGGGUCACAGCACUGUGAUAACCUGCCCUAACAAAACAAAUAUAACUAUGGUAACAUGGAAAACAAGCCCCAAGGCUGGAGUCCAAUGCAUCUUGGCAUACUUGAUUGAUAAGAACAAGACAGAAAAAACCAACUGCAGUGACAGAAUAAACUGGAGAUCCAGACCAGACUGGGAUCAUGCACUUGAAAUCCAGCAAGUAGUAAUGGCUGAUGAGGGAAAUUACACCUGCGAAGUGGUAAAUGUGGAUGGGAAUUUCCACAGCCUGUAUCACCUGACUGUGCGAGUUUCCCCAAGAAUGGCUCUGUACUGCGAUGACCACGGGAACCCUGUGUGCGAGGCAGAGACAUUGAAGCCGGCUGCCGAGAUCUCGUGGGUCCCAGAGAGCAACUCCACACUCAGAACAGACAGUCACGAUAACGGGACAGUGACAGUUCUCAGCAGGUUUGCAGCACAUAGCACCAACGGGAGGAAUCCUACCUGCAUUGUGUCCCACGCAACUCUGAACGAGACCAAGUCCAUAGACUGCUCCUCAUCACACAGAUAUCUUAUCCUGUGUAUAGCCAUCGUUCUUGGUUUCCUGAUCAUCAUCAUCUCUGUGGCUGUCAUGUACUAUUUAAAGCUCAAUGGUUACAGAUUCUGUCACACAACCAAACCACCUGAUAUUGUUCCUACAUAUUCCUUGCAGGAUGACACAGUGGAGGUGGAACCGUAUACUACUUAUGUGCAGAAGGAAAACGUGAUUUACAACUCAGUAUCUGAUCUGACAGUGAGGCAGAAUCUUCCACAAGGACAGUCACCAGCAACAUGAGUGAUUCAGCAACACUGGAAAGCGGAGAGACAAUUUCUAUUACUAAGAUGAUUCACAGAAAGAAAUUUCUCAAAGCAUUUUGCCAAAGUGGGAGGCAACAUAGCUCACUAGGUCUCUUUAAAGACCUGUGUUUAUUGAUGAGUCUGCAUAGUUUUUUUGUUUCUUUUUCCCCCUCUUUUUUGCCUUAUUCCUUGGUAAAGGAAAGAGGUGUCCUUUUUUUCCUAGGGAAAAUCUGACUGACCUCAAGACAUAGUUUUUCCUGGAAAAAAUAUGCUACUAUUUGUUUUCCCUUUGCUGUUCUUGCAUUGGACAUUCUAGUUUUGUUGGUCACUUCUAGGCAUUACUUUGAUACACUUGACACUAUGUUGCACACAUUUGGGAGAUGUGAAGAGUGUUUAAGUCAAACACCCUUCAGUUAGCAGCCACUUUUUUCUAAUUGACAAAUGAGUAACAUAAUGGCUCUGAGUACUCAUCAUCACAGAACAUUUUGCCUAGCAAAAAGUACCAGUAGGGAAGACCUUCAAUCUCUCUGUUCUGAAAAUGGAAAUGAGUCACGAAUUUACAAGUUCAUUCACUAAAAAAAGAGACAUCACUAGCAUGCUGAUUUAACUCGUUAGGUUUAUGUUCAGUAUUUCCAUAAACCUGUUCAUUGGGUUAGUCAGAUUAUUGCUUUGAUUACUUUUCUAUAAGAUUAUCUGGAGAUGGGGUCUUCUUAAAUGUGUUGGCAUUAAGGUACUGUAAAAGAAUUACGUUACUCAAAUCUGGUAAGCUAUUUUUUAACAGAAAUUAACAUCAAAUAUUUCACAAUGAAAAGUUCAAAUAUAUUAUCUAUAAUUGUGCAAUAAUGUACUAAAAGGACAAAACUCCUGAUGAUUGUGGUAUUUAUUUUAAAUACAACUGGAGAUAUUUUCACUCAUAUGUCUAGAUCUUUCUUUCUUUUUUUUUUUUAAUGUAACUGCAAGUCCACUUUGUUGUAUGUAAAUUAGCUUGUAUAUCUUAAGGUGUCUCACGUUAAGGUGAUUUCUUCUCAUCUUCCCAAAACAUAUUUUCAAAAUAAGUAAUAUAUAGAUAUAAAUUAGCAGCUCUCAAGAUUUUUUGACUCAUGUCUUGCUAGCUAAAGUAUAAACUGGUUUACAGUAACAGUAAAAGGAUUCAUUUG